UUCAUAUUUCUACUAUUCCGUUCCCUAUAAGCGUGUAACAUUUCGCAGAUUAACGAUACAGUGAGAUGUUAUUAAACAAUACCUAAACUAAUUAAAAAUCCUUUCGGCAGUCGCCCAGCACUGCACCAUAUCACAAUAGCGUCCAUCCAAAUAUUUGACAUAUUUAGCCGUGUGACAAAUUAGCUAUCUCCAUGGAAAAUCUGACUGCCACCCUUCCGCCAAAUCCUUCACUGCAUGCGCCAAACAAGCGUCCUAUUCAGUUGGCACAUCUGCGCACUCUCACCGGCGAAAUGACCGUGGAACGCGGUGAUCCGGAGGAUGCGAGACUCACGGUCACGGCUAGUAGUGAAAAUGAGCGACCCAUGGCUGAUACCAUGGGGCAUCCGCUGCGCAGUGCUACGGAUUCGUUGCUGCCGAAAUUCCGCAGUCAGGAGUAUACCAUUGAUCAGAUUGGUUGCAUCAUGGAUGUGCAGUUGCAGCGCGGGAAUAUGAAGAUGUUGUCAUCCAUGCUGGAUAUGUUUGCGGCACGCAGUGACAUUGUUCAGAUGGACAUGUACAAGCGAGCUACUGCAUGGCUGGCAUUCAAUCACGGGCGCUUUAGCGAAGUGUACAAUAUACUAGAAUCGCAUGCGUUCGGCAGUAGUUAUCACGGAGAACUGCAGGAUCUGUGGUAUCAGGCUCGCUACAGCGAAGCCGAAAAGGCGCGAUGUCGCGCUUUAGGCGCCGUAGAUAAAUAUCGUUUACGACGAAAAUUUCCACUCCCAAAAACCAUCUGGGAUGGAGAGGAGACUAUUUAUUGUUUCAAGGAAAAAAGUCGAGUUGCGCUGAAGGAUUGUUACAAACUGAAUCGCUAUCCAUCGCCGGAAGAAAAGCGCUAUUUAUCCCAGAAAACCGGCCUUACUAUCACACAAGUUUCCAAUUGGUUUAAAAAUCGACGGCAGCGAGAUCGUGCACCACAUUACCAUCCCGGUGACGAGUGCAUGUCGCCUCCGUACAUGCUAUACGGCGCGGCCGCUUAUAACAUGCCUCAUCCGGCAGCCAAUGUGCACGCGCUGUCCGUGUCCCCCAACAGCAAUUUAAAUGCACGUCAGUUCCCCAUCGCUCUACACCAGCUACAGCCCAGUAACACCCAACACUCCAUGGAGUCCAGUUACCAUCAUAAUGCAAACUCAUAGUCCAGGAGUAAACAGCAGCUUGGCUCUACACGAAGAUGUGGGACAUUUCGAGGGGUCGCGGGAGCGUCAAAUCACUGGACAUCACGCCCAGGGUCACAUGCGCUCAACCGACUCACCGAGUAAUCAUGGGCGGACAUCACCCAUGCACCGACACAGUCAAAUGCAAAUGGGCCAAACGGCGAUUCCUCAUCUUUAUCCGGCUGGAUUUCGCUAAUGAUUGAUAAUAAGUAUACUCACAGUUGCAGUCGUAGGAUUCUAUAACUUCUCUCAAAUGAUCUCAAAUAUUCAAAGUCAAAAAAGGGAUGUUGUUUAAAGCAAAUGUAUUUUAUUAUAA